CUCUGUUUUGCUGCCACAUUAUAAAUGAAAGCUCGCCUGAAGCAAGAGGAAAGUUUCCUUCCUUCCUUCCUUCUCGAAGCGCUAUGCUCUAUUUUCCAUCUAACAUUACCACUUUAGUCUUGUAAAUUUACGACUUUUUUCUCAUAAAUGUACAACUUUUUUCUUGUAAAUUUAAGACUAUAUUCUUGUAAUACUAUGACUUUUUUCCUCCUACAGUAAACCUACGACUUUAUUCUUGUAAAUUUACAAAAUUUUUCUCAUAAAUGUACGAGUUUUUUUCCUCCUCAAUGUACUACUUUAUUCUCGUAAAUUUACGACUUUAUUCUCGAAAUCUCAAAAUUUUGGGGGGAUUUUUUUCCCUGUGUGGCCCUGAUAGUCUGUUGUCUGAAAGAAUGAUUCCAUCAUUCGUCACUUGGGAGCACAUGAUGCAUUUAAGCACAUCCCAUUUAUGAAGGGUGUUUUUGUUUUUCAUAUACUUGUAAACGGAAACGCUUUCACUUUGUCGUUGUGUAGAAUUUUGAGGUAGAAAAAAUGUUUUAAUCCAUUUCGGAAUGAAGUGAAAGAAUGAUUCCUGUGGAGGAGAUUACUAUAGAGCAGUGGUCCCCAACCCCUGGGCCGCAGCCCGGUACCGGGCCGUGGGUCAUUUGGUACUGGGCCGCACAGAAAGAAAAAAUAAUUUCCAUUAUUUCUUUUUUGUUAUGUUUUAUUUUGAAAAGUGGCUGGAUUCUCUCUGUUACAUCCGUCUCACUUGAUGCAUGUCCAUUGUGGGUGUGCUAACUUUAUCUCAUGCCGCACAGAUAGACUACUACUGUAUUUUUACCAUUUUUCUUUCACCUCAUAUGUGGUAUACAUGCUGAUACUAUGUGGGAAUGCAUGAAGGUAAGUUUGGAUGACUUAUUGAGUGCUAAUGUGCUCAUUUGUCUCAAGCUAAUUCAUGCUAGCACUGCCUUUUAGCACACACGUCAAACAGCCAUGUCAUCAUCUCUCUGGAAACACUUGAACUGGUGGAUGGGGGUCACCAUUCAUUUUGUGCUUUUAAUUUGAUCUUAUUCAUGUCUUACUUUUACACAAUACAUAAGAUAAAUUAGAUUGCUACAAUGUACAAUCACCCCCCCGGUCCGUGGGAGAUUUGUGGGAACACAAGCCGGUCCGUGGGUCAAAAAAGGUUGGGGACCACUGCUGGGACCACAGAAUGCUACUUUUUUAAGGGUGUUUUUGUUUUUCAUAUAUUUACCAAAUACUAUAUGUUAACUUUACAAUUAUAGGUUAUUUGGUGUAGAAUUUGGAGUUGAAAAACUACUUCUAUCCAUUUUGGGGUGGAGUCCAAAGUGUAAUUGUUCUGAAGCCAAUGCCAAGCAAAGUGUGACAUCUGUGGUUUUCUAGUUUGAUGCCAUUUAAAUCAGGCAAAUCACAUUUGCAAUGAAGCUACGUUGUGAUGUUAUGUUGUUAUGUUAUUUUAAGUGUGAAAGAAUGUUUUCCCUCAUUGAUUAUUUGGGAGCAGCAAAGUUAACAAAGUGCAGUUUUAUAUCCAGCCAAGAGCUAUCUUGAACAGAGAUGCUAUCUUGCUGCAUUCAAGUGCAACGUGCUGCCAUUUAGAAGAUUGAUUUCGACCUUUCCUUCUUAUCUUUGCACUUACUGGAGGGUUUUCUGAUUUUUUUUUUUAUGGACGGAGGUUUUUUUAGGGUUUGUCUUCCAACCUGAAAGACCGACAGUGUGAUGGAUGACAGCUUUAUCUUUCCAACUGAAGUAGGCAGUGUGGCAAUUGCAGUGGAUCGCCACUAGAGGGCAUCCUGGGGACACGACGGGACAAGUUGCUUCUCCAAAGUCCUUCACAGCCCCCCUCCCCCUCCCGCACCGCUUCCUCCCAUCCUGCACCCCUGAGUGUGGGUAUAAAGCGUCCCUCCACGCUGCUCCUCUGAUGUACCAACAGCAGCUCAGCCUCCAAACUCUGCAUCCAUCUCCUGAGAAGAUCUCUUCUGUCUCCCACCUCGGGACUGCCCCCUCCACCCCUCCGUCUCCACCUCCCCGACCCCCCCACCCCCCUCCCGCCCUCCUCCAUAACCUCCUCUACUUAAUUUCUGAUCAAGUUGGGUCAGCGGGAGGCUUUUCCACCAGGCGACGCGCUGGCUGGUCCAACAUGACGAGCACAUGGUGCUGCGCUCUGCUGCUGUCAAUCAUCUCUCUGGUGGUCCAAGUGGACUCAAGGUCAGGAAAUGCUGACAUGAGGGAAAGUUCCAAGUCCAAGAUGAAGACCUACUGGCCUGAGAGCAGCAAGGCUGUGCCCAUCAGCCGCUUCCUGGCUCAGACGCUGGACAGCAAAGAGAACUUCACGUCUCCGGAGGUGGAUUUCCACGAGGAGGACUCCAAGCAGUGGAAGUGGCUCUACAAUGCCUCCAGCCCCUCCCCUCGCGAGGCGCGCUCCCGGGCCAAGAGGAGGCCCAUCGUGAAGACGGGCAAGUUCAAGAAGAUGUUCGGCUGGGGGGACUUCCACUCCAACAUCAAGACGGUGAAGCUCAACCUCCUCAUCACUGGAAAGAUCGUGGAUCACGGCAACGGGACCUUCAGCGUCUACUUCCGCCACAACUCCACCGGUCAGGGCAACGUCUCCGUGGGGCUGGUUCCUCCCACCAAGGCUGUGGAGUUCCAGGUCCAGCCGCCCCCCCAGUACCACCACCAGCACCACCUCCACCACAUCCAGCAGACGGCCAUGGAGACCAAGGACACCAAGCUGUUCAACUGCAGGGUGGAGUACGAGAAGGUGGAGAAGGGCACCAGGAACUCGCUUUGCGCCCACGACCCCUCGCAGAGCUGCGCCCAGGAGCAGACCCAGAGCCACGUGUCCUGGCUUUGCUCCAAGCCCUUCAAGGUCAUCUGCAUCUUCAUCACCUUCCACAGCACCGACUACAAGCUGGUGCAGAAGGUGUGUCCCGACUACAACUACCACAGCGACACCCCCUACAUGCCCACAGGCUGAGACGGCGGGCGGUGUGGGGGGGCGGGGGACCGGUCCCGGUUCUGGACUGAGCAGAAGCCCAGUCUCAGGCACUCACAAAAGCAUCAAAAAUAGAAACCUUGAUGUAAACAUGCAGCCCAUAACAAGUUGAUUCUUCUUCGUUUUGUUGUUGUUGAUGUCAUUAGUGACUUCCUGUCUCCUUCCAUUUCAUCCAAUCAGACGACAGUAAUCAGCGUCGGCAGCCUGACGGGGAAAACAAACAUUUAUUUAAAAAAAAAAAAAGGAUGACUGAACUGUGAGUACGUGUUCAGGUGGCGGGACGCGAGCAUGGACCGCUUGGCGGCGGCGGUGCGUUUAGGGUCCUCGCGUGGUGGUGCUUGUUUAGGGUCCUUCCAUGUUGCAGACUGUCACAAUCACCCCCCUUCCUGAGGAAAUGUUCCAUGAUUGUGUUAAAAGCUGCGAGAUGGCUCCCAUUACAGACUUCAGGUGGGCGGGGCUCAGCCCAACCAGCCAAUCACAUCCAGUCAAUGAAUAAAAGAAACACAAAAGACGAGACACGUUAUUUUCCUGCCGUGUUUGUUCUAAUUGUAAUUUAUACGCUGACAGCUUGGCAGGUCAACAACUCAGAGUUUGACCUGAAACUGCAAGGAAAAUAUGAUCCAAAAGUGGAACGAGGAGUCCAACCUGAACGGAGACGAGGUAAGACCUACGCUACGCUAAUAUUAGCUAGCCCGACGGGGUACCCAAACUUUUUCUGACAAGUGGAAGCAUGUGGGGGGGCCGCUUCGAUGUUUUCUAUUUGGUAAAGCAAACGUGCAGCAUAAACACUGCGAAGACGACGCAGCCUCCAUUAAAGCUUCUGUUGGAAGUGACAAAGUGUGUCAUUAGCGUCAGCUCUUUUUGCAUUUACUUUUCAAAUACUUCAACUUUAUUCUCUUCAAUCUUUUUUUCUCGUCAUAUUAUGACUUUAACUCAAAACAUCUCAUUGCACCUUUAGUCUGUGUUUUGUUUCUCCUCAUGAUGCUAUGACGUUCAACAACAAACAACACCCUUUUUUAAAUAAUAUUUCAACUUCAUGCUUCUCAAAAAUGUUCUUCCUGUCGUGCCUUUAUUCUUGUAACAUUAGAUUAUCACUUUUAUGUCUUAUUAUUAGAACUUUAUUCUCCUAAUAUUUAGACGUCAUUCGUUGUUUUUCUUUACCUUUCCUAUUUCAUCUGAUUUUUAGAAUGUGCUGAGGGCCAUGGAAAAAACUGCUGUCCCCGGGCCCCACAAUGGCCACCCCUGCCCUUUAAUAUUGUAAAAUAUUCAAGCCGAAACAUCAAGAAAAAUGCACCUUUUCAUUCCACAUCUUCCAAAGUCCGCCAGCGUUCAUCUGCGGCAUCGUGCUCGUGUCGUUUCAAAGACAGACGUGUACAUCCCUCAGGCGUGGCUGACUUCCGCUGUGUUCGGUGAGCUUGCAGCAUUUCUCUCAUGCCGUUGCUUUUGGGGGGUUUGUGUGCGUUUUUGGCAUUUGUUUUUGAUCCUGCAGCGUUUGCGUUAUUGCGACAUCCUUAAUUUGCAGCGUUUUCCCGUCACAUUUGUCACAAUGUCAUCCCGCCAACAUUCCACUUACGGUGGCCAUAACUAAGUGUGGGACGGCGCCUGCCUGUGUGAAAGGGGAUGCCGUUAUUCUCCCACCCUGUUGUGUUGAAAGUAAUUGGCGCUGUCUGACAACUACGGUAUUUUAUGCGUCACCCCAGAUGCUGCUGCAUCUCAUUGUCUCUUUCCUGUGAACGUGCACACAGUUAUGCGGGGGAAAGGAUGUUUGCGUGAAAGAAGCUAAUGUUGCUAACGAUGACGAAUGAUGACAGUUUCACCAUACUCAUCAAAGGGUCAAGUUAGCUACAUUUGAUGUUUUAAAAUGACUUGCAUAGCUUCUUUUUGCACUUACAAGAAAAUGACCAAUGCUAAUUGCUAAAUGUUAAUUAAAGGGGCUUUUAAAAUGCUCCUGGAUCCCAGUGGAGCACAUUAGCAUAGUACAAGUACAGUAAACGUCAAGUUGAGUACAGGCUAAGUCUGCAUUCUUCUCCUUUUGGCUAAAAGGCUUGCAUCUGCAGCUUCCUUCCCCGUCCACGCCUUCUCUGUUGUGACCCUCAGCCCCCACCACCGCUCGGCGCUGCAUAGAGACACGCCCCACAUCAUUGGACGAUAAUUGGAGAAAGCGGCGUUGUUCACCAAACAGCUGUCGGUGAAGCGGCGAGAGCAGGGCAGCAGUGACUGUGAGCUAGGUCUUUAGCUCCCCAGAAAACCCCAAAACACUUCCCAUCGCUGCCGUACUCCAAGAAAAAGCAACCAACGGUACCGAGCGGAUGUUACCGCUGGACACCCAGCAAGUUGCCGUGCACGGCCCUCCUGGAGUUGUGACGUGAGAAAUUCACAAGAUCUCGUGGAAAUCGAGAAUGCGAUUUGAAAAGUUGCAAAUGUAAGAUUAAAUAAUAUACAGCAUAAAUAUACAUCAUUCAUUUUGGGACGUCUCAUUCUCCUAAUAUUAUGGCUUUAAAAAUGACAUUUUUAAAUUCUAUUCUACUAAAAUGACAUCAUUUUCCCUCAUAAUAAAAAAAAAAUUCUCAGAAAAUUGGGAACAUUUUUUCUCAUUAGAAUAUGACUUUUUUCUCCCAAUAUUUGGACUUUAUUCUUGUAAAACUACAGCAGUGUUUUCCAUUUCUUCUUUUUGUUCCUGUUUUUUAUUUCCCAACUAUUUCAGCUUUCUUCUUGUAAAUGUUCUUCUCGUAAUGACGGAUGAUUUUUUUUUUAGUUUUCUUGUUAAAUUAUAUUUUUAAGAAUGUCCCGUGAACUGUAAAUGCCCCCCGGGCCGCACUUUAGACACCCUUUGUCUAAUGUGCUGUUGGGCUUUUGUGAAGAGCAGUCAGCAGCACCCCAGCCAUACAACAUCAGAAUGAGGGAUUGUACAGUUCCUUGCACUAAGAGACAAAAUAAAACAUGAGAAUGUGGAAUAAAUGGUGGUAAAGAGCCAGCAGGGGGCGCUGAUUCCGCCUUGUGAGCGUUUGCGCCUCUGCAUGUGGUCAAGAAGGUGGCUAUUAAAGCUUCAUUAUGCUAAUGAUCGGCUCCA